UCGCUUUACUCGGGCUCGAGUCGAAGAUGGCGAACGUGGUGCUCGAGUUUAAAGCUACUGCCGGGGACUCGGAGCCCCAGAGCCGACCAGUCCUCAUCGUCGGGCAGCUCGGAAACCUCCAACAAAUCAACUGGAGUCAAAUUAAAGGGAAACUGCAGCCAGUGAUCAGCAAAGAGAUAUGGCAGUCAGGUUUGGGGGCUCUUAAUCCCAAUCCUACGGACAGUUGCCCGCUGUAUCUGAGCUUUGCAACUGUGGCAGCACUGCCCUCUCGGGUCAGCCGCCACAAUAGCCCUUCAGCUGGCCACUUCCUUACUCGUCUGGUCCGCACCUGCCUGCCGGCUGGCAACAAUCGCUGCAUCCUGAUGGUGUGUGAGCGGUCUGAUGUGUUUGCAUCAGCAUGCGCCAUUGCCCGUGCCUUCCCUCUAUUCACCCGCCGCUCAACCUCCUCACGCAGGAUGGAGAAGAAGCACGUGACUGUAGAGUUUGUCACCGUUGGCCAGGAUAAUGGGCCUCUGGAACUUUGUACACUGGAGUGUCUUUCCAAUGCAGCUGAUGGCAUUCGGUUGGCAGCACGGAUUGUGGACACUCCUUGCAAUGAGAUGAACACUGAUCAUUUUCUGGAGGAGAUCAAGGUAGUGGGGAAUGAACUGGGCAUCACUCCAACUAUAAUUCGGGGCGAGGAAUUGAAACAGAAAGGUUUUGGAGGUAUCUAUGGUGUAGGCAAAGCAGCUGAGCACCCCCCUGCUCUGGCGGUGCUUAGCCACACCCCCUCAGGUGCUACUCAAACCAUUGCCUGGGUGGGAAAGGGCAUUGUCUAUGACACAGGUGGCCUCAGCAUCAAAGGCAAAACCACGAUGCCAGGGAUGAAGAGAGAUUGUGGAGGAGCAGCUGCAAUUUUGGGAGCGUUUAAGGCUACAGUCAAACAGGGGUUUAAAGAUAAUCUGCAUGCCGUGUUCUGCCUGGCUGAGAAUGCGGUGGGGCCUGCAGCCACACGACCAGAUGAUAUCCACACACUAUACUCUGGGAAGACAGUGGAAAUCAACAACACUGACGCUGAGGGCAGGCUGGUGCUGUCUGAUGGGGUUGUAUAUGCCAGUAAGGAUCUUUCUGCAGAUAUAAUUUUGGAUAUGGCAACUCUGACUGGAGCUCAGGGCAUCUCCACAGGGAAGUACCAUGCAGCCAUCAUGACAAACAGUGGGGAAUGGGAAUCAGCUUGUGUGAAAGCUGGCCGGAGCAGUGGUGAUCUGGCUCACCCUCUGGUCUACUGCCCUGAGCUCCACUUUAGCGAGUUCACCUCUGCAGUGGCCGACAUGAAGAAUUCUGUAGCGGAUCGUGAGAACGCUCAAAGCUCCUGUGCUGGCCUGUUCAUCGGCUCUCACCUGAGCUUCGACUGGCCUGGAGUGUGGUUGCAUGUGGAUAUUGCCUCACCUGUGCAUGCUGGUGAACGGGCUACAGGUUUUGGAGUGGCCCUGCUCUUGGCCCUUUUUGGUCAGGCAUCUGAAGACCCUAUGCUCAAUAUGGUGUCUCCACUGGGCUUCACCGUAGCUAACCCAUCUUCUUUGGACCAGAUGGAGAGGGACUGCAAACGCAGAAGACUGGUCUAAUAUCAGCUCUGACUGCUCUAUAGCUUGUGUAUUCUGAAAAAACAGUUCACAGUCAUUGAUCUUUUUAAAUGCUCGCCUAUACCACUGCACCACUCACCUCUCUCUUCUAUCAAACACUGACCACCACAAAAUUCCUGUUUCCCUUCAGUAUUUCCCUCAAAGUCUUCAGAUCACAUGUUGUAAUGUUUUGUUGAAUAAAAGAGUAGAUGUUUUGAAUGUUA